AUGGCAUCCAGACAAGACAGCAUUCAAGCUGUGCCUGCCACUCGCUCUCUUAGCGAUGGCGGCGACGAUUCUGACAAGGAUGUCAAGCUCGGCGUUGUCGAGGUCAACGUCCUGCAAGAGCGGACUAUUGGUCUCUUUGGCGCCGUCUCCUUGAUCGUCAAUAAGAUUAUUGGCGCAGGCAUCUUCUCGACUCCCAGUACUAUUUUCAAGCUCUCAGGUAGUGUGGGUAUGGCAAUGAUGUGUUGGGUCAUUGGAGCAAUCAUCUCAACGUGCGGCAUCUUCGUCAUGCUCGAGUUUGGAAGUGCGAUCCCCAGGUCAGGUGGUAUCAAGAACUACCUAGAGCGUUCUUUCAGUCCCCGGAUCAUGCAGACUUGCAUCUACGUCUUUUACUGCGUGUUCUUGCAGGUUUCCGCUAGUAACGCUAUCACAUUCUCGUCUUAUAUCCUCGUUGCGUCGGAUGCUGUCUCGACAACGUGGAAACUACGCGGAGUUGCCAUUGCCGGCGCCGUGUUCUCUGUUGGAAUCCACACGGUUGCGCCUCGAGCAGGAAGAGCAAUCCAGGACCUUCUUUCCGCGGUGAAGCUGUUUACACUGCUAUUUAUUGUGUGUUGCGGCUUUGCUGCAUUGUCGGGCCACCUGAGGGUCGAAAACCCGCAUAAUUUCCAUAACGCAUUCGAGGGCACUUCCAACAGCGGAUACAACAUCGGCACUGCCAUUCUCAACGUCAUUUUCUCCUUUCAGGGCUAUGACAAUGUCAAUGCUGUCUUAUCUGAAGUCCGCAACCCGCAAAAGACGUUGCGAAUCGCCCUACCGCUCUCAAUGAGCGUCAUUGCAGUGCUGUAUCUGCUAGCAAACGUUGCAUACUUUGCCGCCGUACCGAAAGAAGCUUUCAUUGCGGCAAAGGUCACCGUAGCCGCAACUCUGUUCGAGAACGUCUUUGGACCUUCAGCAGGAGCCAAAGCUCUUCCAGCUCUAGUGGCUCUGUCAGCACUGGGACACCUUCUGGGUGUUGCGUUUACGAUUCCUCGUCUGCUACAAGAACUAGCAAAGGAUGGUGUGCUGCCCUUUUCCAACCUCUUCAUGGAGAACAGGCCUUUCCGCACUCCUAUUUACGCCUUGAUCCUUCAUCUUGGAGUAACGAUCCUCUUCAUCUGCGCACCGCCGGCUGGAGAUGCCUUCAACUUCGUCGUCAGCUUGUCUAGCUACCCGACGACCGUCUUAUUGACAGCCAUUACCAUUGGCCUGGUCAAGUUACGCUUCACCGACCGAGAGAAUUUCCAGUCGCCGUUCCGGGCCCCGUGGGUUUUGAUUGUGACCUAUCUUGCGGCAAACAUUUUCUUGAUCGUGAUGCCGUUUGUACGACUGCCGAAUGGGAAAGGCAGUACUUCGCUGCCCUACUGGCUUUCCUCGGUCGUCGCACUGGGUAUUCUUUCACUUGGCAUCAUCUACUAUGCAUUGCGAUUUGUGCUCGUUCCAAGACUCUUUGGUUAUAGACACCAAGAAAUUCAGCAAGAGCUGAGUGACGGGUCAAAGAUUACCAGGUUCCAAAGGAUUAAAAGAUGA